CAAUUUGAUGAAUAGCGUCGCUGUCAUAAGCGUCAGAAAUAGUGGAAGGCGUGUAAUCAGACGGACAGCUGGAAGAGCGAGUGAGACGUAAAGAAGGAGCGGUUGGCAUGUUACCUCCUCGCCGCGUAUAGUGCUUUAUUCGGGGAUCCCCAAGUGAGAGACUUUCCUCAAAACUAUUUGCAGUCCGCGCGCCGUCCUGUUCUGGGAUUUUAUGCUUCUUUUGACACACUCUUCUACAAAGAGAUGGAGCCGCAACAUUGUUACGCCUAAAUCCAGUUUUACAAACGUAAAGGCGACCAUGUUUUUCUGAGAACUAUUUUGCACAGCCUUUUGAUUUCAACGCAGGAGGAAAACCUUUUGGCUCGACAAGGAGCCACCGAGGGCCCACGUCAGUAUGGUGAACAACCAAGCAUCAGGCGUAGCGCCUGCCCCGAGGUCAUGUGCAGGAUGUGGGGGGAAGAUCGCUGACCGUUUCCUGCUCUUCUCCAUGGAGCGUUAUUGGCACACUCGCUGCCUCAAGUGUUCCUGCUGCCAAGCCCAGCUGGGCGACAUUGGCACCACUUGCUACAGCAAAGGAGGCAUGAUUCUGUGUCGCAGCGACUACAUCAGGCUGUUUGGGCACAGCGGGGCGUGCAAUGCCUGUGGCCAGUCGAUCCCAGCCAAUGAGAUGGUGAUGAGGGCACAGGGAAAUGUUUACCACCUUAAGUGUUUUAGCUGUGCCACGUGCAGGAACAGACUGAUGCCUGGAGAUCGCUUCCAUUACAUCAAUGGUACAAUUUUCUGUGAGCACGACAGACCCGGUGCUGCCUUGCUCAGUAGCCACCUACCACAACUUCAAAGUAACUCUGUGAUGACGGACCAGAAGGUGUGCUGAGUGGAGUGUGCGCUGAAGGUUUAAUUCCUGUCUCCUACUAUGUACAGUUGCCAUUGCUGUGAGUUCUGUUGACCCCCACACCUCCCUCCACUGAAGAAGCAGCUUCCUCCCAGUGAAAUCCCAUCUCGUCAUCAUAUCACAGAAUCCCUGAACCUUCACUCAGUCAAUUUAUGUAGUGUUGCCAGGGUUUGCGGGCCCCAGGGAAAAGGAAAAAAUAGAAAAGCUGCAAAUUGAAAAUACUGUUUUCCAUGGGAUCGGUCAGUAAUGGGCCCUUAGAAUUGUCAUCACUUUCCUUCUCCAUAUGGGAUCCCUGGUGUUCCGUACAAAGGUGGCAGAUGCUUACAUUCUGUGUGGACUGCACUAGCAGAGACUUUUCUGGACUCCGAGAAAGCUCGAAGACUAUAACUGUCAUCAAUCAAAGGAUGGAGCAAAAAAUGUUUUAGAGUUUGAUGGACUACUGUAACAUGAUUCUCAACGUCUUGUGCCAAGUGGCAUUAUUUUCCCUAAUUGUCAUUAAUGUUUCGAAGGAACUCUGAUCUGAUCUGAUCUUUUAUAUGUCUAUCUGAGACCUUGGGUGUCAAAUUAUAAAAUUGGACGGGUGUCGGGCACAAAAUGUAUAUCCCAGUCAUGAGAAAUCCAUUAAUUCCAUAAAAAUUAUGUCUCAAACUUUUAAAGCACUAUUGAGAAUAGGAUUUUUUCCUUGUCGCUGUCUAUAAUUUCCAUAAUGAAAUGGAUUCAUUUUAUCAUUUUUCCUGGUCAAUGUGUGCAAAUGAUGGUUUUAUUGAGAAAAAGUAAAUUCAAAAGAAUUUAUCAUAUGAGCUGACAUGAAUGUGAGGCCCCUUAGCAGCCCAGGAGUUGUCCUGUACUUCCUGGUAGCUAGCAUGGUGGCUGGAGCGGUCUGUCUCUCGCUCUCUCACUCUUGUUAGCCCUGUAUGGUUAAAACAUGGCUGAUUACCCUGGGGAAUGGAAUUAGGGGGCUUGAGCUCUGACCAUUUACAGAAGCAAUUAAACAUGAGCCCUGUAUCUGUGCCGGUGGAACUCCUGGGAGGCUGAACUUGGGGCAUAUCCUGUGGCCGGCUGGCUCUGUGACUGCCUGCCUGCCUGCCUGCCUUUCUGCCUGCCUCCCUCUAAUAAAGACUAAUCUGAAAGCUCUCUAAUUAAAGGGGAGUGGUCCCAUCUCGAUGGAGGAAAUUUCAACCAAUUGGAUCUAUUUAUUAUUUGUCGUGCUGCACCGUGCUCUUUGUGCUGUGCUGUGCUGUAUAAGUGUUUGGUUGAAUAAUCAUUCUAAGCUAUGUCCAAUUAGACUUAGAUCUGCAAAGCUUUUUAAUGUAAUGUCAGAAUCUUGAGGUUGCAUCCCAUCAAAAAGGUGUGGGUAAUCUCAGCGUGAUAGCAGCAUUGAGCAUGCAACGUGCAGCGAGCAAAAGAUAGCAUCUGUUCUACUUUUGCACCUUGCCUGGGAGCAUGGCAGCCAUCAAACUUGCACCUUAAUGCGCUUAGCUUUUCUAAAAUGUCCCACUUGUCAUGGUAGGUGCUGAUACCGCAUCAAUUAUUUAUUCCACGUCUGAUCAAGGGGCGUCACUCAAAUUCAUUAACGUAUGCAAAUCAUCACAAUUACAAUUAUCUUUGUAUCGUGACGGCGAGGAACUAAAACCUCGGCACAUUCUCGACUCCCACCGCACCACAAGUUACACUUUGCAUUCAAACUAAUCAAGGCUCAUCUGCCUCUUCCUAAUUAGCCAGAACGUUUUCAGAUGCCAAUUAGCAGGUCUCAAGAAAAGGCUCUAUGCCAUGAGGCGUUGUCUUUUAUCAGAGCUUCUGCAGGUGUGUGGCUCACCAUGUAGCCUGUGUCAUUGGAAAGUGUUUGUUCCUGCUAAUUAAUCAUAUUAACACAUGGAGAUGAGAGUAAUUGCCUGAGCUCCACCGCCGCACACUGUGUGAAGGCACAAGAUGAUGCCAGGAUAUUUUUACAUGCCCGUUAUGAAAAGUCUUCUUCUUACCCAGAUACUCUUGUGAGAGAGCCAAGAUGCCAUUUCAAUGCCUUCAUCUUGAUGAUGAGGCCUCUCUGGAAGCAAACUCAUUAAGAAUCAGUGAUGUACUGCUUUUGGUAGAUGUUGUCCGUUGUUUGCUUGCAACACGAUUCUCUAUAUCAUUACGUGUGAGCACACAGGAGAGACCUCACGUUAAGGGAAUUAUACAAUAUUCAGAAAUAAAACUUCAUCCUUCUGAAGCAUAAAAUAAAUUAUAUACAGCACCAGUCAAAUGUUUACACAAGACUGAUUUAAUACACUUGAAUAGUGUAGGAAAGUAUAUAAUGAAACAUAAUGAACAUUAAACAAAUUGCUGCAAUGCACAGCCACAUCCCGUUCUUAUAAGUGAAAAAUAUACAAACCCAUUUUUGCAAUAAGUUUGGGCAGAUAGGUGAGCUGCUGUCAAAAAAAAAACAUUUUAGUAUAUAAGUGUCUCCUUUAUGUGUGUAUUAUGGAAUUGGUCCAAGUUAGUUUGGUCUCUUCUUUCAUUUUUAAUCAUUGAUACAACAACAACAAAAUCAACAUGGCUGGCUCCAACAUUUUACGUGCACUCAGAAGUGAAGUUUAUCCCUGAUAGAGAAGUCUUGUCCACAGCUGGGCAAAAAAUACGUUUGCUG